GCCAAACUGCCUCAUCGGCUUAUCUGUAAUCGUUUUUCUUUUUUGAAGGAGGAGCUUAUGGGAAACUGAUGUCUGUCUUUGUUUUUCAGUCUCUGUAGAGUAUAUAAAUGGAUACAUUUAUGUGUAGUGUCACUAUCUGGGAAAACAAAUCUUCACAUUAUGAUGAAGCUGAUUCUUUCCCUGACUCUCUUCUGCGGAAUCUGCAGCACAGCGGGAGCCCUUCAGUGUUUAACCUGCAAAGAUGUGACAUGUUUAACUACAAACCCAGUUAUGUGCACUAUAGAGAAGGCCUGCGUGACAGCUUCUAUUCUAGUGACAUCAUCUGGAAUUAAGGUACCACAAAUCAUCAGGGGUUGUGCACCAGACUUCGCGUGUCCAGUCUUAGGCUCUCAGACAUAUUCAGCAAACCUGGGUAUUUUGAGCGCAGCUGCAUCUGUUGAAUGCUGCAACAAAAACGACUGCAACUUAAAUAUUUUGCCUGUCCCUGCAGAUCAGAGCGAGAACAAUCUGAAGUGUUUUUCAUGUGACCCCGGCUCCACUCAGUGUAACUCUACAGUGAAGUGUAGUGGAGUAGAGAAUCGCUGCUUUCAAGCAUUUGUGCCAUCAGGUAUCAGCACUUCAGUUCCAGUCAAGGGCUGCAUGUCUGAAAACAUCUGUACAGCAGUGUCCAACCUGUCAAGUCUCCCUGUCUUGAAUCUUGGGAACGUCAGCUGUUGUGAUAACAAUUUGUGUAAUACUGCUCUAACAACAACAACAACAUUCAUCUAUCUUCUAUUUGGACUCAUCUAUAUUAUCUAUUAGAGCAAAAUAAAAAGGCAUGAAACACCUUUGAAGCAUCAGAAAGACUCAGAAAAAACCCCUUUUUCAAGACCUGAUUGGGCUUAGGAAAUCCAAAUUUAGAUUAAAGAGUCUGGAGUCUGUCUGAAGCUGAGAUUUAAUAAAAAGGCAUCAAUAUAAGACAAAUUAAAACAAAUCUGCAUACAUACCAAUAUUUACUCAAUAUAUAUCAAACUUUCUUCAUAUUUUACUUUUUAUUUUAAUUAUCAAGAGAAUUAAGCGUUUUAAAGGCUUGUGUGAAAUGUGGAACUGGAGCAAUUCUUGUAGCAGGAAAAAUAGUAUCAAUUUCUGAAAAUAAUGAAGACUAAAUAAUAAAAUAAUAA